AUGGAUAAUAGUGCAAAUUUUACAUCUAUCAUACUGACUGGAUAUCUUCAACUGGAUCUCAAGAUGAAGUACUUCUUGUUUUUUGUAUUAACUGUGCUGUAUUUGACAGUCGUUUUCGCCAACAGCUUUCUUAUUAGUGUCAUUUUUUCAGCAAAAACCCUUCAUAAGCCAAUGUACCUGUUUCUCUGUAGUCUGUUUGUUAAUGAACUGUACGGCAGCACAGCUUUAUUCCCUUCACUUCAGGUUAACUUGAUUUUGAACAACAAUGAAAUUUCUCUGAUUUAUUGUUAUUUACAGAUAUUUUGCUUAUACACAUAUGCAAUGAUAGAAUUUUGUAACUUAGCAGUCAUGUCUUUUGAUAGAUAUGUGUCAAUCUGUUAUCCAUUACAGUAUAACAGAAUCAUGACCCCUUUUAGAGUGGGUUUGUUAAUUUCCUUAGUGUGGACCUACUGUUUUAUUCAAUUUUUAAUAUUUCUAUCUUUUAAUUUUAAGUUGCAACUGUGUGGAAAUGUAAUGGAGAAAGUAUGGUGUGACAACUACUUACUUGUGAAACUUGCUUGUUCAAAAACCUCUCUGAAUAAUACUUACGGUAUUUAUGUUAAUGUGAUGACAGCAGUGAUCCCAUUGGCACUCAUUUUUUAUUCAUAUUCAAGAAUCAUAAAAAUUUGCUUGAGUUUUUCUAAAGAAGCUAAGAAGAAGGCUCUAAGCACCUGUGCACCACACAUGAUAUCUUUGUUAAACUUUUCCUUGGGCUGCUUCUUUGAAACACUCCAAAGCAGGUUUGAUAAUAUUAGAAUGCCAGCUCUGUUACGUGUAAUUAUAUCAGUUUAUUUUUUGAUGUGUCAGCCACUGCUUAACCCUAUUUUAUAUGGUGUAAGACUUAAAAAUAUCAGAUUAGUAUGUAAAAACUUGAUGAUAAAUGCAAUACAAAAAUCCCUGUUGCUUCGACCCUCAUUGUAA